AUGGCCUCGCCAAUGGACAGACUAUCAACGGAACUCCUCUGCCUGAUCUGUGAGAAAUGCGAGCCCUCUCGCAUCGACGUCCGCUACUACCAUGCCACAAAAGCCGCCAGAGCCGCCGCCAAACGCGCGCCUCCACCACCGGAGCUCGCAGCUCUGACCGCAAUUUCUCAAACAUGCAAAGCGCUCCAGCACGCAGCUGCGAAGUCCUUCAAGAACAUCCAAUCAAACGUCAUCAUCCGCAUCGACAUGCGCUUCAGCGACACGAACUUUUGGCCGUCGAAUAGGCCUUUCCCCAAACACAGCAUCCCCACGACGAUCCUCCAACAAGCCCAGUACGUGGAGGUCAUCAUCCCCUGUCUCUUCCGCCAGAGCUACGCCACAGAUCCCACAAACGACCACAGACAAGUCAAAAACCUCAUCAUCAACUUCCACAAGAACAAAAGCAGUGGCGAAUGGAGCGCAACCUCUCGUGUCUGGCAGACAGUCGUUCCCCCGGCGAAAUUCGAUGCGAGUCUCAUGCAACUCGCAUCCAUGAUGGAUGCUGCAGGUACCGCUGCCGUCUUCCUCGCUCUUGCAAGGCUCAAUACAGGCGGUGGAGCAGAAGAAGCCGUGGAUGAGAUUGCCAACCAUAUGGUGCGAUUGGACGCUAUGGCUGAUUUCUGGUAUUCUGACACGCGUUCGGGAGGAGAUUUCGUCAUGUUGUCUUUGCCGACGGACUCGGAGGUUCGGGUUGUGCGGAGGAUUUUGGGGGAGAAGGGUCUUGGUGGUGAGGGAGAUGCGAGGCUGGGAUGGCGUGGAGGGGCUUCGGUGUGA